AUGGCUCAAGUAACUGGCCUUGAUCAUGAGGCCUCUGCCACGUCGGGCAGUGGCGUUUCCUAUACUCGCACAAUCCCUUCGGCUCUCACCUCGACUUCUACUACCGCUGCUUCUGCCUCACAAAACCCCAAGCAGGAUCGGUAUUCGUAUCAGCAUCCACCGCAGUCUGGCCCUCAAGCACGUACCCGGCGUAGAGCAAAGUCUGCAUCAAAUCUGCUCAGCCGUCCCGAUCAGGAGGUGCAAUUUCACGACGACACCUUCAUCGAUCAGCAGGAGCUCGGCGAACCGCAUGAUGGAAUUGCAGAGCUCAUUGACUUUCUGAGGAACCACACUCCUCCCUCUGGUAACUUCAUGUCUAUCCCAGAUGACAUCUCCCCCGAGGACAGGGGCCGAUGGUCCAGGCUCCGCAAGAUAGGCAAGAGAAGCAGAUCUCUCUCGAAGCCGCCUCAGACCAUUCAGCUCCCAGACUCAGCUGUCUCGGGCACCACCAUAGGAGGACAUCGACAUAUUGCCAUCUCAAUCCCCUUGGACGCCUCACCGUUUGGUCGAACUCCCAGGUCUCAGUAUCCUGUAUACCAACACCGCGCCGUGAGGCCGCUUACUUCCCAGUAUGCUCCCACAAGAGCCGUCUUGAACGAAAGGGGCGUAGUGACAGUGCUACGAACCGUCAAUGAAGACAGGGAGUCGACGCCCUCGGUGAGCCCUGCAAAUUCCCACCUUCUCCUAUCUACUAUUCCUCAACAACAUCUCAACACAACAACUGGAGGGCAACAUCCUCCAAGGUCUAUUAAUAGCAGCAAUCAAACCAGUGAAUCAGAGAACUGGAACACUCUAGCGAAACCUCCUCCGAGGAUUGUAACCCAGGAUCAGGUCAGACAAGCUAACGAGCAGUCCCGAGAAUUUCAAAACUUGGACCAGGGCAACACUAAUGCAGCAAGCCCAAACUAUCCAGAGAGAGUCCCAUCACGGAAGUCCAGCUCGACAGGGGGACGUGUCGUGCAUCUUGGGGAUCUAUCGAUCGAUACUAUGAUGUCUCAGCCGAUCGAGAGAGAUGCUCAUGCUCCGCCUACUUCACCUGCUCGCCCUGUCUCUCCGGAUGGAUCUUAUCAACCCUCGCUUUCCAAAAGCAUCAUGACUACAAGCGACAAUGACCCGGUAGUUGCAGAGGCCAGGCCAGUUGAGACGAGGCCAGUUGCAGCUAGGGAGUCGCGCAUACGAUCACCAACUAAGCAGCCCAGCGAACCUUCUAUCACUGUCAUUACGAAAAGCCCGCUUCGUGUUUCCCGGGAACCUUCCAAGAGACAAAGGACUAUGGAGGCUUCUUCCGCUUCCGAGACCAUGUCAUCGCAGAGUCGCCGUGACAAAGUGAAGGACAAGAAAAAGAGGGAUAUGGAAGCUGCUUCCUUAAAACGUCGCAGUAUGAUGUCUAUCGCACCAGAAUCUACGAUGGAAGCUGAACAAGAGACCACCAAGAUACCAGAGAAUGAUAUCGAAGAACCUCCACCAGUCCCCCUGAGAUCGCCCCAACGACAAAGCAUGUGCCCCAUUGUGGUUGUCGCAAGCGUUCAUCCAUCCCCCCCGCCAUCAGCCACUCUCUCUACUUCACCUAAGAAGCAAGUCAGCACAGAUUCCGGAGACCUUAGCUCAAUCUCAACAGCAAAACCUGGCGAAGCCGUUCCAGGGUCCAGAGCAGGCACAUCGAGUAGACCAGUCUCGCCAUACCCUGCUUCUUACAUCAAUGGCUCUCCAACGCCUCCCCAGUCAGCUCGAUCAUCACCAGUUCAAAAAGAGGUCUCACAGGACCGAACUUCCCUCUCACGGCGUCGGGAAUGGAAGGUUGCACGAGAGCAAGAGCGCGAGCACAAGCGCACGGAAACAGCAUCGAACACUAACCCUCGCCCUAGAGGGAGGAGACUGGCCACAGCAAAGGAGGAGAUUGAAGAGAGAAACCCUGCGACGGAGAAGGAGGUUUUGCGACGAUACGAGGCCUACCGCGAGUACCGUAUCAGAGAAAUGGAGCGCCGCCUUCGUCGACUGGAGCGCAACGGAGACGUGUGGCUACGAGCACUCGUGCCAGUAUUGGAUAACCUCAACCGCACACUCGCAAGCAAGGACGAAAACCCACAGCGCGCACAGGGAUGGGUCUCGGACGACGAACGUUCGCAGUUCCAACCGUCAUCUCAAAUGAGACCAUCAAGCCGAGGUCGCAUGAUGACACGAAGAGGCACCUCGGAACGGGAGUUUCUAGAACAGCUUGUGAGGACCAAAGAAGAACUCGAAGCCGGAAGUGUGAGCGAUGAUAUGAGUGGAUUCGGUACGAUUGAGCCGCUGAUGAGAGAACUGGCAGGACGAUCUCGACUGAGCUUUGAAGCCCGGUCACUUGGAAUGGACGACGAGGGAUUACUAAACUCGCUUGCUGAGUAG